AUGUCUCUCCUAAACCUCCUUUCCCAAAUACGCACUGCAAAAAAAGCGAAUCAGAAAUCCGAACCUAAACUCAAAACACACCACUUCUCCGCCACACACUUACUCAACCCAAUCGCCUACAACCCUCUCGCUCGCUUGACACAUUCGGCUCCAAAGACACACAUUCUCUCCUUUUACCCACAUAAACUUUCAACUGACACGAUCAUGGACACGGACGACAACCGAUCGACCACCACUACGACACUGCGCGACAUCACCCACACAAACACCCUGUCCGGGUUCAAUUUCCAAGUCUCGAAUCCAUCCGAAGUGCCACUCGAUCCUGACUCCGAUUCUAGUCCUGGAGAACCACGCCAUGUGCCGCCGGCUGUCGUGGUAGACAAACAGCAUAGGAGAUGGCAGUUCCAUGCUAAACAGCAACCACAGGUCAUGACGGAUUCAGAUGCCUGGAACCAGGACAAAGAAUUAGGAACAAGAAGAGGAGGAAAGCGAAAAAGGAGAUCGGACUCUCCUUCGCGACACCUACACGACCAUACCGCGGCGCAGGGACUGCAUUAUCCUGCGAGGUGCUACUGCCGGUACAACCACCAUCAGUACUACGGCGUUCACGACGAAGAAGAAGAGAUCCGGGGUCGCGAAGCACCGCAGAUAGCCAACCCGUCGCACACACUGCAAACCAACCCCCCAACGAUGUCUGUGGAUCCGUCUUCAUAUCCUUAUCCCUAUGCGCUGUCGCAACGGAUGCGACACCAAUAUCCCUAUACUAACCAUCCCCGAGAACGAGACCGAGGCUGGCCCCCAGACGACGUGUACCAUGUCGCUCAGAGAGCCGUCAAACCCGUUACAUUCGCUGACAUCCGCCCGCUGACGAUUCGUAGGCGGACCGCCGCUGUACAGGCGCUCGCCCUACGACAACCCGCUGAGGGUGCCCCGCGAGACCCUUACUCCUAUUCAACUUCAACACCAUCAAGGCCCUACAUCUCCCAACAACCUUCUCUGGAACACCUACCCAAACCCGCGCGCACACAUGCAUAUCCUCUGACACGCAUAGAGGACAGGCGGAAGCCCUCCUUGCUUGCGCCGACGCUCACUCCGGAGUGGAUGCGACGAGAAGAGUCGGUAACGUACGAGGAUGACGAAUAUUCACGAGGAGGCGCCGCCGGAGUCAGAUACGGGAGCAGACCAGGGCGAAUGUACAGCGGCUCCUCGUCUAGCCACCUAGGCGGGUCCAAUGUCCAAAAUCAGCGUACGGUCAUACGCAACUCGUCAUUCUACUCCAAUUCCCCGCAGCAAUAUCGCCCUGUUCAGCAGCAGCGACGCCCGCAGAUCCGGCUCGCAGUUCACGGCCUUUCAUAUGUCAAUGAAGGUGCGGAACAUACAAUUCAGGGUCCGGAGGAGCGGAUAAAUGAGCAGCGGGUCGUACCGGACAACCCUCCCAGCCUUCUCCCUGAUGCUGCGCGGUCGGGGAUGUCGAUGUAUGGUGCACCGUACUCGCGCGCACCGUCGUUCUCCUAUCCGCACACAUAUCCCUAUUCAGGAAUGGAUCGACGCUGGCCAAAAGAAGUGACUGAAGACAAAGAGGGAGGUGUAUACCUGGGCCCUGCGAGAAAGAUGUCCACCGUUUCUCAACAGCCGCAGAGACACCCUGGGAUGCGGCUGGGCCGACGGGGAAAGGGGGGAGGGAACCGCAACGCGAAAUGCAUGCCAGUCGCCGCGGAUGGCACACGCGACUGGAGCACAGACCUCUGUCUCUUCUGCGACCAUAAUUUGGGCACAUGUUGCAAAGCUCUCUGGUGCCCAUGUAUCGUCUACGGGCGGAACAAGGCGCGUAUCGAGUACCUAUACGCCGAGCAAACAGCGCACCCGACCAAAGGUGGGCCUGCGUGCUCAGGAGACUGCGCCAUCCACGCGUGUCUGACGACAUUCUGUUUAUUUGGGUGGGCUAUCCAGAUACCAAACAGAGCCUCGGUGAGGAGGAGGUACAACAUUGAGGGCGACUGGCUGGGUGAUUGUGCCGCAGCGUUGUUCUGCUCGCCAUGCGAACUAAGCCAGGAGAGCAGAGAGAUCGACCUCGAGGAGCAGAGUUUCUUCGAAGAGACGGAGGACGAGGGGGGAGGGAUGUGGGGCAAGAGAUAG